AUGGAAGUGAGAGUGAGUGUGACGUUCGAACCAGAGGUGGAAUACGAAAGUAUAACGACUCGCGGUAGUACCGGCAAGGCUGAAGAAUCCAACAUGGAGAUUGACACGCCUACACGACUGCCCGUGUUCAAUUCUGCGCAUACUGAGCAGGAUCCGAUGGCUCGUGCAGCUCCGCCAACAGGUAUUCUCAGUAUGGAAGAUUUCAUGAAGCAGAACCAGGACGAGUACCAAGCGCAGCGUGAGGCGAGAUAUUCUACUGUUAGCCCUCCGGCAAAGAAGGCAACGACAAGUGAAAAUGCGUCGCCGUUCACCCUCGUUGCGGUUGGCGCCCGGUCAUCGAAGCAUACGAUUCUUUUGCAUGAAAAGUAUCAAGCCCUUGGUAUCCAGCAACCGCUGUUCACUUAUGAGGGGAGCAGCAGCUCAAGCUGGGCUGCCAGCGUUAGCUUUCCUGGUCUUGAAAAUGUCGAGGAACUGCAAGGGCUAAGUGGGGAUAAGCGAUGCAAUAGCAAGCAGGAGGCCAAGGAAGCAUUGAGUGAGAAAGCGCUGGCAGUGCUUGAAGAGAUGGAGAGGCAAGGCAGAGUCAAGAAGGCUGAGAAGAACCGGAAGAAGAGUGUAGGGGGGCAGCUAGAGCAGCAACAGCGUCUUACAGAGAGAGAGCCAGUAGAAAACUAUAUCGGCAAGCUACUUGAAUACCAACGCUCAACCUCUGGCCCCCAGCCAACCUACACCGACUACCAGUCCGGCACCCACUUCGCCUGCCUCCUCACCCUCGAAGGCCACCCCCACCCUUUCGGCACGCUAACCUCUCUCUUCUCAUCCAAAAAAGCAGCACGUCAAGACGCGGCCCGCCACGCCGUCGAGCACUUCAAAGCCCUCGGCACCUGGCCCCAAGACACGCCCAUCGGGGGCAUCAAGAAAAAGAAACAACCGAAACCCGCCUCUCCCCCUUUCUCGGUCCUCUCACCCGUCCAGCCCCCCAAUCCAAACCAAAGCCCGACUCCUCUUGGUAGCGGUACUAGUAGCUUCGCCCAACGCGUCGCCACCCUCGCCGCCACCCUCGCCCUCCCCACCCCCGAGUGGAAGUACACCGCGCACCCCUCGGACCCGACCUUCCACUCGGUUGCCUGUUUCUUCCGCGACGCAGGCCCGCACGAGGGCCCCAUUGGCGAGGUGCGGAAUGUGUUUGGGAAGAAGAGGGCCAAGGAGGAGUGUGCGCGCUUGACGCUCGACUAUCUGCUCGAUGUGCGGGAGAAGAGACGGGCGUAUGGGGCGAGGAUGAUGGCCGGGGUGAGGGGUGGGGAGGGCGUGGUUGGAGCGGUUGAGGGACCGAGGGUCGAGAGUGUCGAGGGAAGUGAGGAUGAGUUUGUGGAUGCGGAGGAGGGGAGUUUGAUUUGAGGUCGGGUGUGUCUAUCUAGUACAUUGCGACCUUUUUUUUUGUAGCGUUUGUUUAGUCUUUGCCGUCUUCUGUGUCUUUGGUAGAGUAACGUGGGGUAGGUUGAAAUGAAGAGUCGAUUGUCUACGCGUUGAAAAUUCAGGAAUGAAGCGUUUUGGUGAUGAUAGUUAGGACUGGUAAGUGGUGCAAGUAGGGGUAUAAAUCUUAUAACA